AUGGUCGCCCUGGUUCCGAUCCUCUUCGCCAAUGUGGCUGCCGUGCAGAUUGUUCUGCUCUCUCUCAUGACGGUUCUCUACCUUGUGGCCGCCACCCGCGUGUUCCCCUGGGCGACGGAUUUGGCGAACAGUGCCGACUUGUUUCUGAACACGGGCCUCACCUUCUUCCUUAUCAUCUCGUCCUUCUUUGUGGAUGCCAGCGGCAGUGACACACGGACCUUCCUCAGUGUACUGCUCAUGACAGUGAUCGGGCUGAUCUCCUUCGGCCUGCAGGCUUUGGCAUUGCGGGCGCUAUGGAAGCGAUUCCAUCCCGGCAAGAACUACAACUUCUUCCUCUGCCACCACAAGGCCGGUGCUGCCGUGCUUUGCCGCUGGCUGAAGAGCGAGAUGCUUCAGCAGUCUGGAGGGAAGGUCAGAGUCUUCUUGGACUCGGAUGAGCUCGAGGGGCUCGCCGACAUUGGUGAUAUCGUCAAAAGCCAGACCUCCGUGCUGGUCAUUGCAGCCACCAAGUUGGUGCUGACGCGCCCGUGGUGCGCUGUGGAGGUAGCCACUGCUGUGCGGAAUAAGAUCGACAUCGUCAUGGUGAAGUGUUCAGACUUCAGCUUCUACGAUGAGGAGGGAUUCCGAGAGCUGCGUGAAGGGUGGACAAGCGCAGACAUCUUGAUCUUCGCACAGAAUGCCUUGGACCCGUCCAUGGUGGAGGAGAGCUACCGGCAAUUGCCUUCCGUGCGCACCUUGGACUUCGAUGCGUUUGCAGACCCAAGCAAGCAGCAGUCCGUGGUGUCCCAGAUUCUUCAGACAUCUUACAAGGCUUCAUACCGGGAGAAGUCGCGAAGUUUAAUUCUGGACUUGACACCGGACGUCCUUGUGCUCGGAGCUCUCGGCAGCUCUGAGGGCCGAAUGACCUGCCAGGUGCUGCGGGACAUGGUCAUGGAGCGGACCCGGAAACAUGCCUGGCUGGUGAGCUCAGUGAAAGAUGCCCUUCACGCAGCGCGGACCGCUCAGUACCUGCUGGUCGUCCUCACUGCAGGGUUGCUUCGAGACGAGAACUUCUUGGCAGUGCUGAAGGCCUUGGACACGGCGUUCGGGGAUGAACGCCUUGAGAUCGUCAGCGCCCUCGCGGACCAGAACUUUGAGUUCGCGUCGGCUGCCUACUACCAGGAGCUGAGUGACCGUGGAGAAGACCUCCUGGUCCAGUCUGUCCGGCGCGUGGUGAACAUUCUGGCCUUACCCUUCUCUCCGCAGACGUCGAUCAAGGUGAUGAAUGCACAGGCUGACGAGCUUUGCCGCCGAUUUCGCUUCAAGGACACGGAGCUGCGGCGCCAAGUUACCGUGUCCCUGCCGGUCUUCCAGCAAUUGCAGUCGACGGAGGAUGAGGAUCAGCCCGUGAGUCCGGGCCACGCGCUUCGCAUGCACCUUGCGAGCACCCCAAGCGACGCCGGGACUCCACCGGCAGACAUCCAGGCUGAACCUGAGGAUGGCUCCGAGGAGGACGUGGCCGUGAUCGAUUCGUCAAGGGACCCCGGCAUAUGGAUUACUACUGCCGACGUGGAACCCAUGAGACAGUACUCCAUCGACACACUCAUCGUGGACGAGCCCAUGUAA